GCUAGUCUUCUCAGCGUUAAAAUCCCCAGGUUUUACCCCAGCUUCUCCCCUCCCCACUCACUUGAUGAGGUCAAGCUUCGCCUUGGCUGCAACGGCGGGUUCAAUAAAUCAACCUCUGAGAUCGAGCCUCUUGUGUCGAAACCUGGUUGCCAUGCACAUGGCCUGACAGCCGAUAACCUUGCCGCUACCUCACGUGGGUGAGAGGUACUUGAAAGGCCUCGAGACCCUGCAGCUUCUCCACGUCGCGACUGCCCCAACUUCAUUACUCUGUUCAACCCAACAUUCAUGCUCGCUUCUUCCAUCCAAUUCACGACGUGAUCAACAUUGCCAACUUACCUAUCGCUAGGCGAUAUUCCUAUCGCAUCACGAGCACAACAUGGGUUUCCUCCGGAGGCCUACACUGCGCAGUCGCGACGAUCAGAGGACGCGCGCUGCUGAACUCACUUUGCGCGAGUCCAUUUAUCCCCUCUGCCUCGUCACCAUUCUUUUCUUCCUUUGGGGUUUCUCGUACGGUCUCAUUGAUACCUUGAACAAGCACUUCCAGGACGUCCUUGGUAUAACCCGCGCUCGCUCGUCCGGCUUGCAGGCAGCAUACUUCGGCGCAUACCCCCUUGCUUCACUCGGACAUGCCAACUGGCUACUGCGCCACUGGGGAUACAAAGCCACCUUUAUCUGGGGACUGUGCCUGUAUGGUUUGGGUUCUCUGCUCGCGUGGCCAUGCCUCGUAUACCGUUCGUUUGGAGGCUUCUGCGUAGCUAUCUUCGUGAUCGGCAAUGGACUAGGUUCGCUAGAGACAGCAGCGAACCCCUACCUAGCUGUCUGUGGACCGCCUAAAUAUUCUGAAAUCAGGAUCAAUAUCGCGCAAGCCUUCAACGGUAUUGGCACUGUGGUCGCGCCGGUUCUUGGGUCCUAUGUCUUCUUCAACCACGUAGGAACCGAUCAAGCAUCCCUUGAAAACGUGCAAUGGACAUAUCUCGGUAUCGCAUGUUUCGUCUUCGCCCUUGCGAUCUUGUAUUACUUUACAGAGAUUCCCGAGAUCACUGAUGCCGACAUGGCUUUCCAGGCUGAGAGUACGCAUGCAGGUACUGACGUGAAGCCUUUCCGCAAGCAAUACCGCUUGUUCCACGCGACCUUUGCUCAGUUCUGCUAUACUGGAGCGCAGGUGGCUAUAGCUGGAGCGUUCAUCAACUACGUGGUCGAGACACGAGUUACAUCCAGCGGCGAAACAGACAACUCGACAGCAGCCCGUUUCCUUGCUGGUGCACAGGGCUGUUUCACCAUGGGCAGAUUCGUGGGUAGUGCCCUCAUGAAGUUUGUCAAACCGCGAUGGGUGUUCCUCGUCUUCAUGACAAUGUGUAUCAUCUUCAUCAUCCCAGCUAUUACCGAGCGAGGCAAUACUGGUAUGAGCAUGCUCUACAUUGUACUCUUCUUCGAAAGUAUCAUCUUCCCGACGAUCGUUGCGCUCGGCAUGCGCGGACUGGGCAAGUAUUCCAAGCGUGGCUCAGGUUUCAUCGUGGCUGGUGUCUCUGGUGGUGCUGUUGUACCUCCGCUGCUAUUUGGCGCGAGUGACACGCUCGGAAAGGCAAGGCCUCUUGAAGGAUAUUCGCCAACUGCCAUUGCGAUGACUGUUCCACUGGCGUUCUUUGUCGCAGCAUGGAGCUACUCUUUCUGCGUCAACUUCGUGCCGGCUUACCGUAAUGUGGCAGAUAAGUUCUCGACGGCUGAGAUCGGCAUCAGCAAUGCGCAUGCGAAUGAUCCGGAGAGCCAGAUGGAGCAGACGGAUGGUGGAGUACUUGGUAAGAACGAGUCGCCAGCACAUACCGAGGCGGUGGACGUGGACAGGAAGACAUAGGAUGAUUCUCUUGUCGAGCCGGAUGAGACGGACAAGACCGAAUUAGCUGUGAAGGCUGCUGAUGGCGAGGGAGUAGAAAUUGAGACUGCGAGGAGGCAUAGCUAUCCAUGAGGUCUUGAAAUCAUCACACAUCAGAAAGACGGAAAUGAAAAGCGUUA